AAAUAGCAAAGUUCGUGAUUAUUUGCAUGUUUAUGACAGUACUAUAAUAAUAUGCUUUUUUUAUAAAAUUCUUGUUUGUAAUUUAAUACUGUGUACAAAAUAGUGAUGAAGAUGAAUAAGCAACUGCGAAGUACUUCUACAGAUGUAUUACAAAAAGUUAUGAAAAGUUCAACUGCACAACUUCUUAUGGGAGCAGUUGCCGGGUGUACCACAGGACAAAUAGCAGUGAAAGUUGGCAGACCAAUAGCUUUGGGAGCCGGUGUAGGUGUACUGGCUAUCCAAAUAGCUAGUUACAAUGGACUUAUAAAAGAUGAUCUUUUAAAAUCAACUACAGAUAAGACAAAAGUUUUACAGACUCAGUACCUACAAAAAGUUCCUGCUGUUUUGAUUAAUGUGAGGCAGUUUGCAAGACACAAUAAACCCUUUGCAUUUGGAUUUUUAGGUGGGCUUCUUAUUGGAAUUUCAACAUAAGGGAAAUAUGUAAUUUUACACAGAUCUUAUUUAAAUAUCUAGUCAUUGAUGUACUCAUCUUUAUUUAUUUGCUGUCAAUUUUAAAUCAACGUGCAAAUUUUAAAAAUAUAAUUAUCAGUCCACCGGA